UAAUUCCUGAUUGAUAUAAAAGCCAACCCUAAGGGGUUUUGGAUUUAGUUCUGCUUAGUUCAACUCUAUCUUCUCAACGGCAGCCAAACUCUAGUUGCAGCUGCUCUGAGAACAUGGCCGUUGGGAAGAACAAGCGGAUAUCAAAGGGCAAGAAGGGAGGCAAGAAGAAGGCAGUUGAUCCGUUUGCAAAGAAGGACUGGUACGAUAUUAAGGCACCUUCUGUCUUCAAUGUCAGAAAUAUUGGAAAGACCCUUGUCACCAGAACCCAGGGAACCAAGAUUGCUUCUGAGGGGCUGAAACAUCGAGUUUUUGAAGUAUCUUUGGCUGAUCUUCAAAAGGAUGAGGAUCAUGCCUAUAGAAAGAUUCGCCUUAGAGCAGAGGAUGUGCAAGGGAAGAAUGUGCUGACAAACUUCUGGGGAAUGGACUUCACUACAGACAAGCUGAGGUCACUGGUGCGGAAGUGGCAGACACUGAUUGAAGCCCAUGUUGAUGUGAAGACUACUGAUAAUUACACCUUGAGGUUAUUUUGCAUUGCUUUCACCAAGAGACGUGCAAACCAGGUCAAGAGGACGUGCUAUGCCCAGUCCAGUCAGAUCCGUCAGAUUCGUCGGAAGAUGAGGGAAAUUAUUAUUAAUCAGGCCUCAUCAUGUGAUUUGAAAGAACUGGUGGCUAAAUUCAUCCCUGAGAUGAUUGGCCGAGAGAUUGAGAAGGCAACAUCCAGCAUAUACCCUCUGCAAAAUGUUUUCAUUCGAAAGGUCAAGAUCCUGAAGGCUCCCAAAUUUGACCUAGGCAAGUUGAUGGAGGUCCAUGGUGACUACUCAGCGGAUGAUAUUGGUGUGAAGUUGGAGAGGCCUGCUGAUGAGACAAUGGCAGAGGGAGAGAAUGAGGUCGUUGGUGUAGCCUAAGGAGAAUUCUAUUUUAGGUUGUGAUAGCCCUUUCAUUUUUCAGCCUUGUGUGGAUUGGUUUUGAGAAAUCAGUAAAUUAGAAAUGUUCAGAUUGAGUUGCGGAACUAGCAUGGUCUACUUUUAUGACCUAUAUGAGUGGUUUCUUAGAUACCAAGUCAAUUAACUUUUUAAUACAUAUGUAUAAUGUUUUUACAAUCUUAUGCUUCAUUAUAGUUUUCUCGAGGAUUUUUGGUUGGUUGCAUAA